AUGGCUGAUUAUUGGAAAAGCCACGAGAAGAAAUACUGCGAAUUCUGUCGCUGUUGGUUUUGUGUCCAAUUCCACGAAAGUGGCGAAAAACACAAGGAAAACGUCAGGAAACGAGUCGACCAAGUUCACAUACAAAUCAUCCCUUUAGUUGAGAAAAAACAAGGCUUUGGAAGACAAAGAGAAGCUAAACGAAAGACUAACCGUCCUCCGAGUGGAGCACGUAAGAAGUUAGAUAUUCACGUGUAG